AGAAUCCAAGCCCCACAUCAUCAAUGACCUCUACACCCGUUGACGUUCUCUCCUUAAGAUAUUUCUCUCUAAUUUCGAACUAUUGUUGGAUUUCAAUUGAAAAUAAGCAAAGUCCCACAAACUUCUGAGUAUAGAGUACAGUACAUAGCUCACAACCUUGAAACAGCUUCAAAGCUACCCCACUCCUGCUCAAGAUGGCUUCCGUGGUGCGCGUCGCUCCUACGCGAGCGGCUCGAGCAAUGAACCUCCUCCGCACAGUCCAAUACACGCAUCCCCCAAGCUGUCCCUGCCACGGCAACCCCUCCCACCAUCACCACCACCAACCGUCCUCUGGACUCCUCUCCCACGCAAAGCGCAAUCUCCAACGCAACUAUGCCACGCCCGCCGACCUGUCCCGCCAAAAAGAAUAUGCGUUCGAGAUGGCCGCGUCGUCAAUUCGGUUCGGGCCAGGCGUGACGAAGGAGGUGGGUAUGGAUUUCAAGAAUAUGGGCGCAAAGAGGGUGUGUGUUGUGACGGAUAGUGUGGUGCGGAAUCUGGAUGCUAUGAAGCAAGUUGUGGAGGGUUUGACGAGGGAGGGUGUGGAAUUUACGAUUUUUGAUCAGUGUAGAGUUGAGCCGAAGGAUAGCUCGAUCAAGGAAGCAAUCGACUUUGCUAAGCCAUACCAGCCAGAUGCCUUUCUGGCUGUAGGGGGCGGUUCAGUCAUCGAUACUGCCAAGCUCAUGAAUCUCUACACUUGCUAUCCUGACGCCGACUUCCUCGACUUUGUCAAUGCUCCCCUCGGAAAGGGACUGCCCAUUGACAAGCCAUUAAAGCCUCUCAUUGCCGUUCCAACGACAGCAGGUACUGGAUCCGAAACAACAGGCACAGCAAUCUUCGACCUAGUAUCAAAACGCGCGAAGACUGGAAUCGCACACCGCAACCUGAAACCAACUCUGGGUAUAUGUGAUCCCCUGAAUACACGAACCAUGCCCUCAGCUGUCCACGCAAGCUCAGGAUUGGAUGUCUUAUGUCACAGUUUAGAGAGUUGGACUGCAAUCCCUUACUUUGAACGGAUACCACGACCUCAAAACCCAAUCAACAGACCAGCAUACCAAGGCGCCAAUCCCAUCAGUGAUAUCUUCUCCCUGCAAGCUCUAAGGAGUACAGUUAAGUAUCUACCCAGAGCUACCAAAGACCCAGAAGAUCACGAGGCUCAGAGCCAGAUGUUGCUAGCAGCCACCCUAGCCGGUGUCGGAUUCGGAAAUGCAGGCGUCCAUCUCUGUCACGGUAAGCACCCCUUUGCCUGUACAAUAGUCUACCAAGAAUCUCUCUAACGCUGUCUUUUAACAGGAAUGUCCUACCCCAUCUCCGGCCAAAACCCCGGCUACAAACACCCCGGCUACCAAGUCUCCACGCCCAUCAUCCCGCACGGCGUAUCCGUCGCCGUCUCCGCCCCCGCCGUAUUCCGCUUCACGGGGCCCUCAAACCCAGAGCGCCACCUCCAAGCAGCCGAAGCCUUCGGCGUCGACAUCUCGAAUGUCAAGAAAGAGAGCGCAGGCGAAGUCCUCGGUGAAGCGCUUGAGAAGUUCCUGGCUGAGUUGGGAGAUCAGCCGAGGGGGUUGAAGGAUUUGGGGUUCAAGAGGGAGCAUUUGGAUGAUUUGGUGGAGGGGACGCUGCCGCAGAAGAGGGUGCUUAUGUUGGCGCCUGG